GUCUCUUCCCCAGCCUAUGGGAACUCCAUACCCGAACCCCAUAAAUCCGACCCAAACCCGAAUCGGGUGGAUAGGUAUCGGCGUUAUGGGUGCUGCUAUGGCCUCUCGCCUUCUCUCCGCCGGCUACUCCGUCACUAUCUACGCUCGCAACCCAUCCAAGGCUCUGCCUCUGCAAUCCCAAGGUGCCCAUGUUGCGGAUUCUCCGGCUGAAGUCGCUCGAUCCUGUGACGUCGUAUUCACCAUGGUAGGUCACCCAUCAGAUGUUCGAUCAGUCGUCCUAGAAGAUCCUAACUCAGUUCUCUCGGGCCUAACCCCUAACUCCGUCACCGUUGACAUGACUAGCAGCCACCCUGAUCUCGCCAGAGAGAUUUUCACCUCAGCGCGCGAGAGAAAUUGUUGGUCUGUGGACGCACCAGUCUCUGGAGGCGACAUUGGUGCGAGAGAUGGGAAAUUAGCUAUAUUUGCUGGUGGUGAACAAGCUGUGGUGAAGUGGUUAGAACCCUUAUUUCAGAUUCUAGGGAAGGCAACGUACGUGGGUCAAGCAGGGUGUGGACAGAGCUGCAAAAUAGGGAAUCAGAUUACAAUUGGGGCGAAUCUGAUUGGUUUGAGCGAAGGUUUGGUGUUUGCAGAACGAGCAGGGUUGAAUGUGAAGCAGUUUGUGGAAGCAAUCAGAGGUGGAUCUGCUUGUACCAAGGCGUUGGAGUUAUUUGGAGAGAGAAUGAUUGAGAAGGAUUUUAGGCCUGGUGGGUUUGCUGAGUAUAUGGUGAAGGAUUUGGGAAUGGGGGUGGAUAUAGUAGAGAAGAGUGAGGAUGAUAAGGUUGUGGUGUUGCCUGAAGCUUCACUUUGCAAGCAACUGUACUCUAGUAUGGUAGCUAAUGGAGAUGGAAAGCUUGGGGGUCAAGGUCUUAUCACUGUCAUUCAGAGAAUCAAUGGGCUAUGAGUUUCUUAUUCCCCAUUACUUUGAACGGUGGAUAUCAGCAUCUUGCAGGUUAAGUUAUUCUAACUUGUAUUGUUGUAUUUUUGCAAUAAGAACUUAACAUUGUGUGGUCGGUUAAGAAUUUCAUAUUAGGUCAUACGUUUGGAUGUGUCUUGCAAAUUUGCUUGGCCUAAGCAGCUGGAGUAUGAGCUCUUACACGAAAAGCAUGAAUCUUGUAUCUUUGGCUUCCCAUUCUUGUUUGAAAACUGCAAGAGGAGCGUCAUCCAAGAUUCAUUUUAUUGGACAAGUCUUGAGCCUUGAGAGGCGUUGAGGAAAAUAGAUGCAUUUUGAUCAUCUGGUAAAUAUAGUAAAUCGUUGUGGCUACAACAGUGCCUGAGGUUUCAUUUAGCUUAUGCUGGAUCUAUGACUCUGAACAUGCCCAAAGUGUUUUAUUGCAAGAACAUUUUUAUUUGGAGACAACCAGAGAGAUCAAAAUGGCAGCAGGGUAUAAGCUUUACUGUAAUAAAAUGCCAACACCAAAUGUAAAACGAAACAAGAUGUUAAGAAUAUGAAUAUAUGAUGUGGUAUCCUGCGAAA